CCGCGGCUGCAGCUCCUAGCCCAACCCUAAAAAGCGCGGCGCACACGCAAGCCGCCGCAGCCAUGGCCGCCUUCAACCCGAACUUCCAGCAACCACCACAACAGCAAUUCCAGCAGCAAAGUAGCGGCUUCCCCCACGGCGGCGACUACGCGUCCGGCGGCCAGCAGUUCCAACAACAGCCGCAGUUCCAGCAACAGCAAGAGUUCCAGUUUAACUUGGGCGAGGACCCGACCUGGGGUGCCCAAGCGCAACCUACCCAAUAUACGUCGAAUGGAUUUAAUCAACCGACGCCGAACGGCGGCGCGUUUUAUGCCUCGUCGCAGGGGACGUCUUUUGGCUAUGAUCCCUCCGGUAUUGACGAACCGCCACUCCUGGAAGAGCUCGGCGUAGACUUCGAGGACAUCUGGUCCAAGACGAAACUGGUUUUGACUCCCUCGUUCCGGGCCGUCGAUGAGCGAUUGGUCGAAGGUAGCGAUCUGGCCGGUCCCGCGGUCUUCGCUUUACUGUUAGCUGGAGCGUUGGUGUUGAGAGGCAAGCUCCACUUCGGCUACGUCUACGGGUUUGGCCUGUCCUCGUGCGUUGCUACUUACGUGCUCCUUAAUCUGAUGCAUCAAGAUGGAGGUGUGGCCUUCGGGACGGUCGUGAGUUUUUUGGGGUAUUGUUUACUACCUGUGGUCUUGCUCGCGGCGGCGUCUAUUGUGGUAUCCUCGUCAUCGGUGCCGGGGCAAGUAUUGGGUGGUUUGGCCGUGUUGGCCUCGACGUGUACCUCCACGCGACUGUUCGAGGCGAAGCUGCACAUGCGGCCGCAGCGCUAUUUGAUAGCCUACCCGCUCGCGCUGAUCUACUCGUGCUUCGUGCUGAUAACGAUCUUCUAGCG